CGGCUUCGCUGAAUUCUCUUUAGAGGAAAACCUUGGGUGAUACAGAGCAGUUUUUAGGAGCAGAAUAAGAAAAAGCCUGGAGAUGCUUGGAUUAUAUGAGAAGCUGUUUGUGACAGCAGUGGCUCUGGUUGUUUUGGCUGUGGUGAGUUCAUCCCCACUGGUGGGACCUGAGCCCAUCCGCUGCGCCCCCUGUACCCAGCAGAAACUGAACGACUGUCCAGCAGUCCCGGCAGACUGCCGGCAGGUCCUCCGGGAGCCUGGUUGUGGCUGCUGCAUGGCCUGCGCGCUGGAAAAGGGGGCUUCCUGCGGGGUUCACACAGCUUCCUGUGCUCGGGGUCUCCGCUGCACUCCCAGGUCUGGUGAGGCCAGACCACUCCACGCUCUGACCAGAGGGCAGGGCAUCUGCACUGAAGACGAAGGACAAGAGGAAGCUGAUGGAGUUUCUGAUCAAGGCUCUCUUCAUUACUUGUUUGGCAUGAAUCUUCCCUCUGAAUAUCAAGAUCUCGCAGAGGGUCAUGAGAGUAUCAAAGCCAAGGUCAAUGCCAUUCGGGGAAAACUGGUACAGCAGGGUCCGUGUCACAUUGAACUGCAUGGAGCGCUGGACAUGAUAGCCAGCUCCCAACAGGAACUAGGAGACAAGUUUACAACCUUUUACCUGCCCAACUGCGAUAAGCAUGGAUUCUACAAGGCCAAACAGUGCGAGUCCUCUUUGGUGGGGCCGCCUGCUCGCUGCUGGUGCGUAUCUUCUUGGAAUGGAAAAAAACUUCCAGGUUCAAGCGACCUUCUUGGAGAUGCAGAUUGCCAGCAAGAAGUUACGCAAUGAGACCAUCUUUCAAAGCAAGCAACCAUGUUUUUUUUUGUUUUGUUUUAAGUUAAGUUCCUAUAGAAAAAGCAGAGAUGCAUCAUUUGCAUGUCAGAUCCUAUUUAUUCUCUUCUUGUAUCUUUCUGUUCACAUUCACCAUUUGUCUGCGAGAAUUUUUUUUCUGUCGUUUUCAAUAUUUUUUUUGACAGUAAAACUUUAAUGACUUUUGACGAUAUAACUCCACUGCUCAAAACCACAGGUUUAAUUCAAUUUCUGCAUCUUCAGGAUCCUUAUUCAUGUGAAACAAAAGCUAAACCUGACACAAACACACAGCCGCACACUCAUCCAAACUGUUGACAUUGUCUGAAUGUAUCUGUUUCCUCCGUGAGCAUUAGGGGGAAAUUCUGAGAGUGCUGCAAGUAUUUGCACAGUGGCUCAGCGCAAACAUAUCAAGGCUCAUCCAAACCACUGUGGGCUUUGACAUGCGCUGGUCAACAUUUAUCUACCUCUGCUGGUCUAUGCAGGUUCACUGGUUGAGCAGAGGGUUCGUCUCAUCUUUCAAUUUUCUUUUUUUUUUUUUUUAUGGAGGUUUGUCAUAUCUAUUCUUGUAUUUAUUUGCUAGUUUUUAUGUUUGUUUUAAAUGUUAUGUGCAGUAGACUGGAAUUUUAGUAAAUGCCCAUUGCAAAACUAAUGCUGCAAUUUUGUUGAAGCUUUUAUUAAAGGUGUAGAUAUCUUAAUGAUUCAUUUGUGUGUGAUUAAAUUAUCUGACUGUGA